GCUCUCUGCUGCCCGCUCAUUGCCGUCCCUCGCUUGACCAUGCAUUUCCUUACUGGCCUCGCCUUCCUGGCCUCACUUCGGGCCGCUGCCGCGCACGGUGGACAUGGCGAACACGUAGAGGGCGAGACGCUUCAGCAGUAUGCGCAAAGACACAUGGCCACGGAGCACCACAUCGACACCUUCGAUGUGCCCAGCUUCUUCCACCUUCACGACUUGAACCGCGACAAGGUCUGGGACGCGGAGGAGAUUCAAGCGGUCUACGGUGUGCACCACAUCUAUUCGCAGAAGAAGUCCAAGGAUGAUGUGGAGCACGCGAAGAAGGCCGACCACAUCGUGAUGGAGGUCCUCAGACGUCUCGACAAGAACCGCGACGGGAAAAUCAGCCUGGAAGAGUUCGAAGUGGUCGGGCUUGAUGGGCUGCCCAGUUUUGAUGACCUGGGCGCGGAGGGUCACCACUAUGAUGUGGAGAGCGAGUUCUUCCUGCACCACGAAGAGCAAUUCCACUCGACCCCGGAGACGCAGACGGACGAGUCAUACAACCACCCGGAGGACCUCGAGCACUUCGCACACCACGAGCAGAUCGAGCACCAGGAGGCGGAGCGCGAGGCCAAGUACCAGGGCGUCAGCGUCGAGGAGGUCGAAGCCCAGCAUGAAGAGCACCACGUCCCGGACGCCGGCGCACCCGCCGACCCCGAGCACGUCGUGCAGAACCCGCACGAUGACCAGCUUCCCCUCGAGCCACCCGUUGUAGGCGGACCUCCGAAGAUCACACGCGUCACUCCUCCCGAGAAGCAAGAUCCUUCCGUUCGGUACGCGAACGAGAAGGCGGAGGGCGAGUGGGGCGCCGGCGACGCGGGGUACAAGUCGCCGAAGUCGCCUUCUGAGAAGAUGAGGAAGAACCUGCCCUACAAGGACCGCAUUCAGUACAAGUUCCGCCGCACCUGGGGCGACUUCUAG